AUGUCCGAUCCGCUCAACGUCAUCGCCUUGAUCUCAGGCGGCAAGGACUCCCUCUUCAGCAUCCUGCACUGUCUUGAACAAGGGCACAAGCUGAUUGCGCUUGCUAACCUCUAUCCCAAGCCAUGUGAAGGCCGCGGAAUAGAGAAAGGAAGCCCCUCGGCUCCGGACGGCACAACUGAUUCCGAAGGAGAAGAUCUGAACAGCUUCAUGUACCAGACCGUCGGACACUCGGUCAUUCCGCUCUACGCCGAAUGUCUGGGUAUACCGCUUUACAGGCGACAAAUUGCCGGCUCGGCAGUCCAGACAGGCCGCUACUAUGAUGCGAGCAAUCUUGGCUCGGCGCCUGACGAGACGGAAGACCUGCUCCCCCUGCUGCGGGAAGUGAAGCGCACGCAUCCCGAAGCCAAUGCAAUAUCCUCGGGCGCCAUCUUGUCAACGUAUCAGCGCACUAGACUUGAGUCGGUCGCCGUCCGCCUGGGUCUCACGCCGCUUGCGUAUCUAUGGCAGUAUCCUGCGCUGCCUCCGCCUCUUGGGCGGGGGGAGUCGGUGACGGGCUUGCUGGACGACAUGGCUGCCGCUGGCUGUGAUGCACGAAUCAUCAAGAUCGCCAGCGGUGGCAUCAAGGAGAGCCUCUUGUGGUCGAACGUCGCGGACCCGAGAACCCAACUGAGACUUGUCCGGGGUCUUCAGCCGUUCUUUCCGGAGCACGAGUUCUGGCUGCGAGGAGCGGUCGUGGGUGAGGGCGGGGAGUAUGAGACUCUGGCUAUCAAUGGGCCGGUUGGGUUGUGGAAGAGGAGAAUCGAGAUCCCGGAGGAGCAAAUGUGUGCAUACUCGGGACAAGGUGGUGUCAGCUAUCUUCGAUUGGCGAAUCCCCGAAUGGUGGAAAAUGGACCGGACACCGUUUACAGCGGUACCUCGUUGAGGGUUCCCGGCACUUUCGAUCCGCAAUUUCAAGCUGUUCUGGCGGGAAUGCAGAGCCAACAAACACAAACUCUGAAUGGUGUCCCGGAGGUCGAUGGGCUAAGAAAAAAUGCCGACGCUAUACGCCAUCACCAGGAGAUGACAGUCCAUUUGAGGCAAAUGCAGUGCUUGUGUUCCAAUGGUUUGGCAAUAUCUAACAUCACGUCUGAGUUCACCACCCUGGCUGCCGGCUUCAGCACCGCUGCCAUGCAGAUGAAACAGAUAUGCCACGAUCUCAAGUUCUCUCUGGACACAAUCUCGAGCUCGGGCGGACUAUCAAAUCCAGCAACGCCCUCCAAUAUCGUCUUCACGAUGCUCCUGCUCAAGGACAUGUCGAAUUUCGGUGCUGUGAAUUCCGUAUAUGCCUCGCUAUUCCGAACAGGCGAGCCGAAUCCACCGGCCCGGGUGACUGUCGCAUGCUCACUGCCAGACGAUGUCGAAGUCAGUCUCAGCGUGAUCCUCGAUCUGGGGCCUCGAGAUGCAAGGCGCGGACUUCACGUCCAGAGCCGAAGCUAUUGGGCUCCAGCUAAUAUCGGGCCAUACAGUCAGGCCAUUUGUGUUCCGCUCGACGUCAAGCAGGAUCCAGCCCUCAAUGUGCACGACUCGGAUCUGGUUGAGAUGGCUCAUAUGGCUGGACAGAUACCACUAGUGCCACAGACCAUGCAACUCUCCGCUACAGAUUUUGUUGAGCAGGCGGCGUUGAGCCUUCAGCAUCUAUGGCGCGUGGGGCAGGAGCGAGGGGUCGACAUUUGGCCCUGGGGCAUUGCUUUCCUGGAGAGCACCGAAACGGCUUCUGUAAGGGCCGAGUUGUGCUCCCGAAUAUGGCAACAGGCUCAUAAUGUGCCAGGCGCGAGGCCUCAAGAUGUGCUUGAUGGCGAGGAAUCCGACGAAGGGCCGGACGCAUGGGACUUGCAGUACAAUCGCGCAAAGACAUUCGAAGCAGCGGCGACCCUUUUGCAGACAGAUCGGCAUCUUCAUCCCCUGCCAAAUGAUGCUGUCCUCCAGGACCCUAACAUCGGGGCAAGUGUGACUCCUCCGUUCAUCGCAGCAGAAGUCAUCUCCCUGCCUCGAAGCGCGCCAGUCGAAUGGUGGAGUAUGGGGAUCACGAAUCUGCCCAAGCGACCUGCCUCGAGGCCGCGAGUGUCUGUGGCUCGGAAAGAUCACGCAUGGGGAUCUCUUCACAAGGUUACGCUCUUCCCUUCGUCCGAGCCGACAACCGAAGGAUACGUCGUCCACUUGGUCACGAUAACUCUCUGCGAAGAAGCGAUCUCUGCAGGCAGCAUUGACGGUGAUUCACGUAUCCGAGACGAUCUCCUUACCUUUGUUUCAGUGGACCGAGGCCCAUUCAAGCAGGGAGCACCUUCGGCGGAAGUUGUCCACGGUACCGCUUUCAUUUCCGCGCAGGGCUGGGACCACUGGUCUCUCUUACGCAGAGAUGGACUCUUCGAGACAUUGGUGGUCGUCCCGUGUGAAUCCGUGUAUGGGUGGUCGAACCCAGCUGUCAACAACGUUGAACCUUUGGGUUCUGCGCGCGAAAGCCCCUCCGCUCCUACUACGGAGCUCAAGGCCUCUCCAACGCAGCGUCUUGCCGUGGCCAUCACGAUGCGGAUUGACGGAUGA